ACUUCGAUUGUAGCUUCGCGCGAAUUCGGUUACCUUCUGUAACCAAGGUUGUAUCCUGGCACGAUCUCGGUAUCCUUUCGAUGCCACGAGAUCGCCAGCAAAUAUAACUCGACUUGGUCCAUUAACUGCCUUCUGAUAUUUGGCUUCUCGGGGAUUUUAUGGAGUCAUUUGGAACGAGCUUCUUACGCCUUCUGAUCUAUUUGGCACGUGUUUCUUGGUAGCGGUGUUCAUAGUUAAUCUCAACUCGACGCCACGCUACAAUUUGUGACCCGUAUCUUGGAACACGCCUCAACUUCUGGUCAAAUCUUCCAAAGAAGCCAAUUCGGUGAGUCUAUGAUUUAUCUAUCCACGUCUGUCGUAUAUUUUCAUAUUUUUUAAUAUAUAAUAUACGCGACAUGACGGAUAACGAUAAGAAUAGUAUUAAUAUAAUAGACUCACAUGUAUGUGUACCGAAUCCUUGUUACUUUUUAUUCGCGUGACGAUGAAUUCCACGCUUUAUUCGAGAAAUUUUCCCCUAUUAUUUAUUCUCCUCGCUGACCCGGCUGCUUGGUACGGAAUGCAUUCGCAUACGCAUUAACGUCUACCUCCCAGUAUCAAAUGGUUAAGUUGAACGGUUUCAUUGCCAACUUAAAAGUGCUCUACGAGCACAUGAGAACGACAACUGGUACGAAACCUUAUCGCUCGUCCUCUUAGGUAUUCGAACGAGCUUGAAGGCAGAUAUACAAUGUUCCGCCGCUGAAAUGGUAUACGGCACGACAUUGCGUCUGCCCGGAGAAUUCUUCACACCACGGAGCAGACCUAAUUUCGGUAAAUCAGACAACGUCCGUCGACUGUCUGCAUUUAUGUGAACGCUGUCUCCGGUGUCAACUCGAAUACAACAUCGACAGGUCGCUCUCCCUCGAGAGUUAUCUACCUGUUCACAUGUUUUUGUACGAGUAGAUUCGGUACUCAAACCUUGACAACAACCUUACGAAGGCCCUUCUCACGUGAUCGCUCGUCACGAAAAGACCUUCAAGGUUGAUCGAUAUGGACGCGUCGAGAUCGUCAGCGUUGAUCGUCUCAAACCAGCACACGUCGAUGACAGUGCCCUAUCUGGUAACCUGAGAUUCAAUGCUAGACCUAUUAAACCUAGCGGGAUCCUUAAAUCUUCUUCAGGUCCCACGCUAGAUACAUCUGAGACCUCAUUCUCACGUCCCGGUCAACAGCACGCGUCAUCUGCACCGUCUACGGACGAGACGAUAGUCUCACGUCCAGAUCAGCAGAACACGCCGCCUCUGACCUCGGAUGAGAUUGCAGGCUCACGCGAUACGAACGAGACUGCCGUCUCGCGUUCCGGUCGCCGAGUACGGUUGCCCGUACGCUUCCGCGAAUAGUCGCACAGUCAACAACCGAUACGGUGUAGGAUUAUUCCUAUACUACACGCAUGCUACACUCUUCUCUUUUUCGAUUUUCUUUUUGUUUCCUGAGCCCACGCCUUCGACCAUCUCCGUUUGGUUCCGUCGACUUCAGUCAACUUUGGCGAAAGCUGGCCUGAUCACCCACGCUCUUGUCAACGUACUCAGUCGAUAUAUUGGUUUCGAAUGCUUGGCAUACGCUUAGUCUCGAACUUGGUCGUUACGGUCACUUCUGGUCUUUUGGCUCAACGUGGUUUCGUCCUACGUCUGCAGCGUUUCUGGUGCGCACCCCUACGAACGCAAUCUUCAGAUUCUGGAUACAAACCACUCUGGUGUAGCAUGCCAACUCAAGCAAUAAAUACAACACAUCGCUCCUGGUACCGUUCUCCGAAAACGACCUUCGUUGGCAACUCGACGAUCAACGAUCGCUUUCCUGUUCGCCAAUUCUUCCGUCCUACAAUCGCUCGUCAGCCGAUCAGUCCCACGAUUCAAACCGCUAUUUAUCGAAAGUGUAAACCCUUUCUAGCGGGGGCUCCUGUAGUGACUCACAUUUAUCACGAGAACACGACUGUUUUAAUAAAAACAAUUAUUAUUAUAACCAACUGUACCAGUGUUUGUUUUAAUGUGCUUUUGUUUGACUGUGCUAAUGACAGCUAUUUUGUGCUUCCAUUAUUAUACUUACACUUCGAUUGUAACUUCGCGCGAAUUCGGUUACCUUCUGUAACCAAGGUUGUAUCCUGGCACGAUCUCGGUAUCCUUUCGAUGCCACGAGAUCGCCAGCAAAUAUAACUCGACUUGGUCCAUUAACUGCCUUCUGAUAUUUGGCUUCUCGGGGAUUUUAUGGAGUCAUUUGGAACGAGCUUCUUACGCCUUCUCAUCUAUUUGGCACGUGUUUCUUGGUAGCGGUGUUCAUAGUUAAUCUCAACUCGACGCCACGCUACAAUUUGUGACCCGUAUCUUGGAACACGCCUCAACUUCUGGUCAAAUCUUCCAAAGAAGCCAAUUCGGUGAGUCUAUGAUUUAUCUAUCCACGUCUGUCGUAUAUUUUCAUAUUUUUAAUAUAUAAUAUACGCGACAUGACGGAUAACGAUAAGAAUAGUAUUAAUAUAAUAGACUCACAUGUAUGUGUACCGAAUCCUUGUUACUUUUUUAUUCGCGUGACGAUGAAUUCCACGCUUUAUUCGAGAAAUUUUCCCCUAUUAUUUAUUCUCCUCGCUGACCCGGCUGCUUGGUACGGAAUGCAUUCGCAUACGCAUUAACGUCUACCUCCCAGUAUCAAAUGGUUAAGUUGAACGGUUUCAUUGCCAACUUAAAAGUGCUCUACGAGCACAUGAGAACGACAACUGGUACGAAACCUUAUCGCUCGUCCUCUUAGGUAUUCGAACGAGCUUGAAGGCAGAUAUACAAUGUUCCGCCGCUGAAAUGGUAUACGGCACGACAUUGCGUCUGCCCGGAGAAUUCUUCACACCACGGAGCAGACCUAAUUUCGGUAAAUCAGACAACGUCCGUCGACUGUCUGCAUUUAUGUGAACGCUGUCUCCGGUGUCAACUCGAAUACAACAUCGACAGGUCGCUCUCCCUCGAGAGUUAUCUACCUGUUCACAUGUUUUUGUACGAGUAGAUUCGGUACGCAAACCUUGACAACAACCUUACGAAGGCCCUUCUCACGUGAUCGCUCGUCACGAAAAGACCUUCAAGGUUGAUCGAUAUGGACGCGUCGAGAUCGUCAGCGUUGAUCGUCUCAAACCAGCACACGUCGAUGACAGUGCCCUAUCUGGUAACCUGAGAUUCAAUGCUAGACCUAUUAAACCUAGCGGGAUCCUUAAAUCUUCUUCAGGUCCCACGCUAGAUACAUCUGAGACCUCAUUCUCACGUCCCGGUCAACAGCACGCGUCAUCUGCACCGUCUACGGACGAGACGAUAGUCUCACGUCCAGAUCAGCAGAACACGCCGCCUCUGACCUCGGAUGAGAUUGCAGGCUCACGCGAUACGAACGAGACUGCCGUCUCGCGUUCCGGUCGCCGAGUACGGUUGCCCGUACGCUUCCGCGAAUAGUCGCACAGUCAACAACCGAUACGGUGUAGGAUUAUUCCUAUACUACACGCAUGCUACACUCUUCUCUUUUUCGAUUUUCUUUUUGUUUCCUGAGCCCACGCCUUCGACCAUCUCCGUUUGGUUCCGUCGACUUCAGUCAACUUUGGCGAAAGCUGGCCUGAUCACCCACGCUCUUGUCAACGUACUCAGUCGAUAUAUUGGUUUCGAAUGCUUGGCAUACGCUUAGUCUCGAACUUGGUCGUUACGGUCACUUCUGGUCUUUUGGCUCAACGUGGUUUCGUCCUACGUCUGCAGCGUUUCUGGUGCGCACCCCUACGAACGCAAUCUUCAGAUUCUGGAUACAAACCACUCUGGUGUAGCAUGCCAACUCAAGCAAUAAAUACAACACAUCGCUCCUGGUACCGUUCUCCGAAAACGACCUUCGUUGGCAACUCGACGAUCAACGAUCGCUUUCCUGUUCGCCAAUUCUUCCGUCCUACAAUCGCUCGUCAGCCGAUCAGUCCCACGAUUCAAACCGCUAUUUAUCGAAAGUGUAAACCCUUUCUAGCGGGGGCUCCUGUAGUGACUCACAUUUAUCACGAGAACACGACUGGUUUAAUAAAAACAAUUAUUAUUAUAACCAACUGUACCAGUGUUUGUUUUAAUGUGCUUUUGUUUGACUGUGCUAAUGACAGCUAUUUUGUGCUUCCAUUAUUAUACUUACACUUCGAUUGUAACUUCGCGCGAAUUCGGUUACCUUCUGUAACCAAGGUUGUAUCCUGGCACGAUCUCGGUAUCCUUUCGAUGCCACGAGAUCGCCAGCAAAUAUAACUCGACUUGGUCCA